AUGUAUAUCCUAAUAUUUUCCAGAGACGGAAGCCGCAUUGUAUCUGGGUCUGAUGACAAAUCAAUACAUAUCUGGGAUGCUGAGACGAGGGCCCCUGCCUAUAAUCUGCUUCCAGGUCAUGGAGACUGGGUUUGUUCUGUUGCUUAUUCCCGAUACGGACGUUUUGUUGUCUCUGGAUCUUAUGACAAGACCAUUCACAUCUGGGAUGCUCAGACGGGUGCUCCCAUUGGUGAACCCCUUCGAGGGCAUGAAGGCACAGUAAGUUGUGUUGCAUGCUCCCCAGACGGGCGUCGUAUCGUCUCUGCGUCUCACGACUGGACCAUCCGCAUCUGGGGUAUUGAGGUUAUCGGUUCUCCUAGUCUGCUGCUCCGAGGACAUAAAGAACGUGUCUGUUCCGUAGCAUAUUCUCCAGAUGGAAGUCGCAUUGUUUCUGGCUCAUACGACAAGACCAUUCGUAUCUGGGAUGCCGAAACUGGUGCUGCCAUUAGAGCGCCGCUUCGGGGACAUGAAAAUACAAUCCGUUCUGUCAAGUAUUUACAUAACAAAUGGUACAUUGUUUCUGGGUCGUUUGAUAAUACCAUCCGCAUCUGGUGUGUUAGAUCAAGGCGUACUAGAUCGUGGCCGCUUCUCGGUCAUAAAGACCGGGUCUGUUCUGUCGAAUAUUCCUCUGUCAAACAUCGCAUUGUAUCUGGGUCAUCUGACAAGACAAUCCGCAUCUGGAAUGCUGAGUUGGCCUCUGCCGAGUGCGAACCACUUGUUGGCCAAGAAGAUCUGGUUUAUAGUACUACAUAUCCCCAGACGGACGUCACAUUGUCUCGGGCUCGUAUGACCAUACUAUCCGCAUCUGGGAUGCUGAGAAGUUUACUGCCAUUGGUGAGCCACUUAGAGGGCACGAAGGAAUCGUUGGCUGUGUUGCAUAGUAUUCCCCAGACCCAGACAAACGUCACAUCGUCUCUGGCUCUGAUGACAAGACCAUCCGCAUCUGGGAUACUACAGCCAGUGUUCCUGCCAAUGAUCUGCUUCAUGCAAAUCAAGGCAGUUUAA